AUGUCGGUCAAACCAGAGGGCGACGAGCUCGACGAGCUAUUCGACUACCGCCCUGCUGUCGAGUCAGAGUCGGACCUGUCCGACGACGAUGAUGGCGAAUAUGGCAAGACGAAGUCACCGACACGCCGUCCUAAGAAGACAGCAUCGUCGAGAGUGCUCGACCUGGGUCACAUCCUCAAGGCACCUCGCGCAGCACAAUGGUCAACGAAGACGGUCCACGAGAUGGUGGACUCCGACAUCAUCGAUCUGGAACCCGAGUACCAGCGAGGUGUUGUCUGGACUGCCGAAAAACAGUCCGCGGUCAUCGAAUCGAUAAUGCGACACUACUACGUGCCGCCGGUUCUGCUAUCCGUACAGAAGGAGGAGAACCCGGGCGAUGAGACGAGGUACGUCUGCAUCGAUGGAAAGCAGCGUAUCUCGUCGGUUUGCGCGUUCCUCAACAACGAGAUUCCGGUCAAGGAGCCGGGGACGAGUCGCAAGUUCUGGUACAAGGAGGACCUGUCGGAGGGCAAGACGCCCGCGCUCAACCCUGCUCAGCGCCGUCGCUUCGAGAACGAGCAGCUCACGAUCGUCGAGUUCGAUGGUCUGGACGAGGAGACCGAGCGCGACAUGUUCAGUCGUGUCCAGAUGGGCGUCACCUUGUCUUCGGCAGAGAAGCUGGGUGCUCACUUGGGCAAAUGGCCGGACUUCAUCCGCCAAAUGGUCAAACGAUUCAUUGAUCCGACCCCCUCGCUAGUGCACGACGAUGACGGUAACGCCAUGCUGAUCGUCUCGCGAGGGAAAGACUAUCUCUACAUGGCGCAGAUCGCGUUGCUCAUUUAUCAUGCCGACCUCACCUCCUACGUGCCUACGGCGCACGGCAUCGAUUCGUUCCUGAAGCAGCAUGCCAAGAGCGAACCUCCUCGCCCUCUCAAGCAAAAGAUGCAACAGACUCUCGAACGAUAUGUCGCCUUAGCCAACCACAAGCGAUACGGGGCUUGCAUCAAGCCCGAAACCAAGCUCAAGAGCAAUGGACAGCCGCAGAAGAAGCCCCUUGCUCCCGCCGAGUUCGUAUACAUCGCCUUUAUGAUCUUCAAGUUUCCGGAUGCGACCAUCUCCCAACUGUUCCGACUCGUCCAAGGCCUCAAGCAAGAAGUGCGCUCACAGUUCAAAGACGUCAUGUUCAACAAUAACGUCUCGACGGUUAUGCGACGCUACAUCAACGCGGCCAAGGUCACGCCGGACGCGGAAUCCAAUCGGGCCUCGCAGCAGAACAACACGAGUCCGCGCAACAAGCGUCCGCGUCAAGCUUCGAGCGACAGCGACGAGGAUGGCGACCAGCCCCUGUCCGGUCGACGCAGAGCCGCCAACGGCACCAUCACCGCUGGGCUGGAGCUCAAUCCGGACGCAGGCCUCUUUCGUGGCGAGGGCAGCGUCGGCUCCUCCCAAAACCCGCUCACCAACAUGUCCCCCGCUCCUCCCCGUCGUUAA